GUGAUACCAAUAAGAUGGACCUGGACUGUAAAAUCACGACCAUCUUCCCCAUUCGACUAUUACAAGCUCCGUCGAGCAAAUUGUUCGGCUACGACCGCACUAUUUCAUUCAUUUCUGUGUUCUCCGGGCGCAAUGUCGUCCCCGAGUAAACCAUUACUUGCACCAGAUCGACCACCCUCGGAGCAUUCGUUUGAGAUGUCGGCAUCCGAAGAGGAUACACUGCUGACCGGCACUCGUGCUCGAGAAGCUCAACCUCAACGCCGUCCUAUUUUCUGGAGAGAAGUUGGCUUAUUCAUAUGGGCAGUUACAGCUACAGCUGCCGUCAUAAUCCUUGGAGUCCUUACCCAGCACCGACGAGAGACAACUCCUGGCGAUGUCGGGAACAAACCGAGUGGGAAGCGCAACCUCGUCUUCAUGGUUUCCGACGGCAUGGGACCUGCAAGUCUUUCCCUGACACGAAGCUUUAGGCAAUACGAAGGAAAACUGGCUAUCGAUGAUAUAUUACAACUGGACCAGCAUCUCAUAGGGCAGUCACGCACCAGGUCCAGCAGCAGCUUGGUUACAGACUCGGCAGCCGGCGCGACAGCAUUCUCCUGCGGACUCAAGAACUACAAUGGAGCCAUUUCAGUUUUACCAGACCACACGGCGUGUGGAACCGUGUUAGAAGCAGCAAAGAAGGCGGGAUACCUGACGGGACUGGUGGUUACGACGGACCUCACGGAUGCGACACCUGCUUGCUUCGCUUCCCAUGUGAACUUGCGUUCGGAGGGGGACAGCAUCGCCGCACAAGAAGUUGGAGAACACCCGCUUGGCAGAGUUGUGGACUUGAUGCUCGGCGGUGGCCGCUGCCACUUCCUGCCCAACACGACAGACGGGAGCUGCAGAAAAGACACCAGAGACAUCACCAAGCUAGCUCAAGAGAAAUACGGAUGGAACUACAUCAAUGAUAGGGCAGGAUUUGAUAAGCUGAAGUUUGGAAAGGACGUGAAGCUGCCGCUGCUAGGGUUGUUCGCUGGGUCUGACAUUCCAUAUGAGAUCGAUCGUCGAAAUCAGAAUGAUGUUUACCCGUCAUUGGAUGAAAUGGCUAGAACCGCUCUCACUGCCCUGGAGGCAGCCACCAAGGACAGCGACAAGGGAUUCUUUCUCUUGAUCGAAGGAAGCCGGAUUGAUCAUGCUGGUCACGGUAAUGACCCAGCAGCGCAGGUCCACGAGGUUCUUGCCUAUGACAAGGCCUUCGGUAGCGUCCUGAAAUUCCUCGCCAAGAGCAAGGAUGAAGGAGUUGUUGUCGGCACUAGCGAUCACGAAACCGGCGGCUUGUCCAUCGCCAGGCAAAAUAACCCAACCUAUCCACAAUACCUCUGGUACCCAGAGGUGCUCUCCAAGGCCACCCACUCUGCUGAGUAUCUCGGUUUUGAACUCUUCGAUCGCGCUGAGGCAGCUCAAUCUACAUCGGAGGAUAUCGAGAAAUAUGUUCGCAACACCCUUGUGAAAGACGGACUUGGUAUUACCGAUGCUGAAGACGAUGAAAUCCGCGCCAUUCUGGAUAAACCACUGGUGGCCUCUCCUCUAUUUGCCAAUAUGAUCAGCAAGAGGGCGCAGAUUGGCUGGAGCACCCACGGCCACUCGGGUGUGGAUGUGAAUAUUUAUGGGUCGAAGGGCUCUGAGAAGCUAAUCGGCAACCAUGAAAACACAGGUGUCGGGAAGUUCCUGAGGGAGUAUUUGGACGUCGAUGUUGAGGCUAUUACAAAGGAGCUGAACAAGAAGUCCAGCGCGUUCGAGGUGGCGAGCUUAGGAGAGGGGUGGACUGGGCCUAUUCCCACCGAGGAAGAGGUGUUAAAGGCAGCUGAUCAUUACGAUGCUUCUCUAAACCACCGCAGACAUUGAGGCUUAGUCCACAAUACGAGGCGAGUCCAUUAUUGUCAUUUCAACGCUCUUGUUUGGCCGUGUGCUUGUCAUGGAUAUCUACGGAGUUUCGUCGUUCCAGAGUUCAAUGGUCGUUUAUGUAACAACAUACCCAUGGAUUUUAUCUCUCUGUAUUCUGCUCACUGACCUGUACCUUCCUUACGCAGCGCAAUCUAAAUUCAGCUGUUGAUAAUGUUGGAACUACGUUCCUAGAAGUACGCUACACAGUGUAGUCUGUAUACGGCGGUAUAUAUAUGGCUUCGCACCCGUAGUUUACUUAAUUAAGUCGUUAAACUCCAAAUUUGUGCUCAACAAUUUGGACUCUGAUCUAGCCUACACACUGCCUUUCCUUUGCUUGCUAAGGGGAUUAGAGAUCAUGGUUUAUUUGGCCGUGGCGGCAUUAGGUAAC